CGUAACGUGAUGCUCUCACGCAACGUGAAGUAUUUUUAUUUGCAACUCCAUUUGGUAGGGUCCCAGCAAAAAGUACGUUUCCGAGUUACGUUUCGUCUACGUCAGUGCCUUCUUAUCAUUGUUGGCGCACCCGCUGGAAACGAGGCGGCCAAUCGACCCGAGCCUCGACCUAAUAAUUACAAUCCCCGCUUUAUUCCGAGGACUCGUCGGUCUCUAGUUUUUGCCAGCCGAAGUAAUGGAGGAUUAAACUUAUUUCACCAACCGUAAGGAGUUUGGACAAAAAUCUGUGAAAUUGGCACGAUUAUAUUAUGAAUAAAUGACCGAAGGACCAGUGUAGAAAGUAACUGCAGGGAGUCUGCUGGAGAACGUAAGACUUGGACAGUUAUAACGUAUCAUGAGCGUGGUUGGAGUGGCGGAGAGGUGGUGCCGCGAAGGUGGUUGACUCGCCUUUGGCUUCGUGAAAUGAUCGAAAGUGUAUCUCGUCGAGCGCUGAGUGGCUCCAGUGGGAGCUACCACGUUCGCGGAGCCGAACUGGCGCGGGAUCGGAGAUUGAAGUCCCUUUCAGCAACCGUUGUCUUUUUAGAUGACACUCAGCAUACAUUUCAACUGGAUAAAAGAGCAAAGGGUCAGGCUCUCUUAGAUCUGGUAUUUCAACAUUUGGAACUUAUAGAGAAGGAUUACUUUGGUUUACAAUACACUGACAAUGGCUCGGCACCGUCUGGAUGUCCAAACCCUGAUAUAAUGCGAUGGUUGGAUCCUUCAAAACCUGUGAAGAAACAGUUAAGAAGUAAGGGUGGACAGUUCUUCUUUAGGGUUAAAUUUUAUGUAUCCGAUCCAAGUAAACUUCAAGAGGAAUAUACCAGAUAUCAAUUUUAUUUACAAAUUCGAAGAGAUAUCCUUCAUGGGAGACUUCAACUGCCACCAAGUACAGCUUGUCUCAUUGCCAGUUAUACCGUCCAAUCUGAAUUGGGAGAUUAUCACCCCGAAGAGCAUGGUCCAGGAUAUCUUUCGCGUCUGCAACUGAUUCCUGGUCAGACGGAGGAGAUGGAAAAGAAAAUUGCAGAGUUACAUAAACUUCACAAAGGACAGUUGCCAGCCGACGCAGAGUACAACUUUCUUGAUCAUGCCAAACGUCUAGAUAUGUAUGGAGUGGAGUUACAUAAGGCAAGGGAUUCCACAAACAAAGAAAUUCAAUUAGGCGUAACAUCGAUAGGCCUCGUAGUCUUCCAAAAUAAUAUAAGGAUCAAUGUAUUUUCGUGGUCGAAAAUCGUCAAGAUUUCUUUUAAGCGGAAACAAUUUUUUAUACAAUUAAGGAGGGAGCAGUCAGAAAACUAUGACACGUUGUUGGGCUUCAAUAUGCAGACAUAUCGUAGCUCGAAAAACUUAUGGAAAGCCUGCGUGGAGCAUCACACCUUCUUCAGAUUGCACAGUCCUAAAUUGCGUCCUCGACGAUUCCCCCUCACUUUAAGUAGUAGAUUUACAUAUUCCGGUCGCACUGAGUUCCAAACUGUAGAGGAUGGCAAACAUCGAGCUCGAGUGGAACGGACGUUUAUAAGAUCACCAAGCAAAAGAUUGGUCCAUGGGGUAACAGCACCGAUCGUCGAGGAAAAAGGAAAGGCAAUUCUCCCACCUGGUCGACCACCACGUCCAUAUGAUAACAAGGUUCAGUCUCUUGGUGCUCGGGAACCUCGUCAAGCCUGGGGAGAAGGAAAUCCCAGCGAUGACGAGGGUGGUUUUUUGUCCCUCAGAGAGGAUAUCACCGGGUCGCACACUCAAGGUGGCGCCUUCUCACCUGUUCUGGGCUCACGUGUGCUCAGUUACGCCGAUGACGAUGCGGCCAUCGAGAGGAAUAUUUAUGAUCUUCCCGACUACAGUGAGCCCACCAGUUCACCAGCCCCCCAGAUACUGGAGGACGGGCUGGUGACGAUAAGGUUAACGCCGGACGAGCAGGGCCGUUUUGGAUUCAACGUGAAAGGCGGUCUGGACCUUGACAUGCCCAUUUUGGUGUCGCGUGUCGCGCCGAACACACCUGCCGAUCGGUGCUAUCCAAAGCUGAACGAGGGUGAUCAGGUCGUGUACAUCAAUGGAAUCGACGUGAAUGGGAUGUUGCACGAGCACGUCGUGAACCUGAUACGCCAGUCUCGAGACUCGGGAACUGGUGAACUCACUCUUACGGUGAGGCCCAAUGCCCUGUACAAUGCACUCGCUGGCACCGACGAAACCUCAGAGGAGGAACCGCCUUAUAGAUACGUGCCGGAUGCUCCUCACGCUGCCGUUGGAUCCGAUGCCCUUGCUCAGUCCAUGCUGUUAUUAGCCGAUGGCCUUGCCAGUGGUGCACUUAUAGCGCAGUACGAGCAACUCUAUAGGAAGAAUCCGGAACUUACGUCGCUCGAAUCCAAAAAGCUCGAGAAUCAGAGUAAAAACCGGUAUCGCGACAUUUCGCCGUAUGAUGUAACCCGUGUUAUUCUAAUGGGUUCGUCGAAUGGCGAUUACAUUAAUGCUAAUUACGUGAACAUGGAGAUUCCGGGAUCUGGCAUCAUAAACCGAUACAUCGCCACGCAGGGCCCUUUGUCAUCGACUGUCGCAGAUUUUUGGCAGAUGGUACUGGAAGCUGGCAGUACCCUCGUUGUCAUGCUGACUACCCUUGUGGAACGUGGACGAGCUAAGUGUCACCAAUACUGGCCAACUAUCAACGAAACUCUGACCUUGAGGAACCUCACGCUUACUUCUACCUCGGAAAAAGUGGAAGACACCUUUGUCUUUCGGGAAUUUAUACUUCGUGAUAUCAAUACAGGAGAGGAGAGAGAUAUAACACACAUGCAAUACUGCGGUUGGCCGGAUCAUGGUGUGCCCAACGACUGGCGACAGUUCACAACUUUUACGGAGAGGGUACGGGCUGCGAGGACGGGAAUAGUGGAACCUGCGGUAGUUCACUGUUCUGCUGGAAUUGGCAGAACCGGAGUUUUAGUUCUAAUGGAGACCGCUCUGUGCCUCGUCGAAGCGAAUCAGCCUGUUUAUCCUUUGGACAUUGUGCGCUCCAUGAGAGAUCAGCGAGCGAUGAUGAUUCAAAAUGCUAGUCAAUACAGGUUUGUCUGUGAAUCGGUCCAUAAAGCAUACACAGAAGGUAUAGCGAAACCCCUUCCAGAGUUCAGCAGGUGAGACUUGUAGCCGCUCGUGAGAAGAACACACCUACACGUCAUAUUACUUCGUGGUCCUCACGGUUCUCUUCAUCUUAGAGUAAUCGAAGGUUCGAUGCAUAGUUGUAUACCCCGACAAUAACAGUUGUUGUCCGUUAUGACGGUUGCUUCUUUAAUCCAUGGGUUGCGAAAGCGUGUUCGCACAAAGUAGCGUUGGCUCUACUCUUCAACGAGUGGUUACUUGAAACUUCAGUAAGUUGAUACCGUGGCUCGAGCUUUUAACGGAUGCUGACAAUUGAAGACUGAAUGAUAAGGAGGAUUUUAUUGCCAGUAACUGUUGAAGAACGCGUCGUACGAUGACAUGUUAGAUACGUAUUAUUGGAUCCAUGUAAUUCUAUUGCAAGAAGAAAAAUUCUCAUUUGAAUAAGUGGAAUGCAAACCGAUCGUAACAGGUACUGUGUAGAAUCUAUCGCAGUAUUACAUUGAAUCGUUCGCGAAGAAAUUAAAUGCUCCUCGAUCUGUGAGAGUUUGAGAAUGAUUAAGAGGCACCACGUUAGAAAAUUAAAUAUUUAGUGUACGAAAGCAUAUAAAAGUCCUUGAAGACGGUGCGUAGAUUUAAUAUUUUCCACUAGUGUCAGCUAAAUAACGCUCCUCGAAGUUAUGCCAUUAUAAUGAGACACGCAAAUACGGAAACAUCGAGACAUUAGUGAAAAUUUACAUUUUCAGAUAUAUUUAUUUAUUACUAUAACUCUUUUUGCCAAAUGUGACGUUGAAGUAAUGCCAAAUUCAUACGGACAGAUAGAAAAUCAACGUGUUUUGGCUGUGUUCUAAUUAUUUAGAAAAUAAUUGGAACACAAAUUUGUAAUCCUUAUAUUGUCCUGUGCUACAAUGCCGAUAUGUAUCAGACAUUUUAAACAAUUUGUCCUACGAUCGAGGUUGAUAUUUAUGGACAUCUUAUUACUUUGUCUUUAGGAACGAGGUCUUCCUCUUUUUACUGUAAUCUAGUUGGACAUACAAACCAGUAAUUUCAUGUUAAGUAAUCUUGAAAAUGUUUGAAUGUUAAUCUAUGUAACGCAUUCUUCAACGAUUUCAAACGUAGCCUGAAAUAAUGAAUUAAUUCAAGCCUAAUAUCAACUUGCUCCUCAUAGUGUAUAUUGUGUACAUUUUUUUUAACAUUUAAUUCAUCGGAAUGAGUAAGCCACUAGACAAGUCAUUUUAUGUUUCUUUUAUUUUUUUCAAUGAAACACACCAUUUAUCACAUUUUCCUUAAACAAGGACACGGCGUUGUCAUAUUUAGGCAUUACAUUUGAUUAGUAGGAAUUUUCAUUAAAUCCUAGCGAAUGUCAGCACGUUUCUAAGCUGGUGUAUUUUGAUAUUUGUAUCGAAACCUAGCCAUUUCGAUGUGAAAAAAAAAAAGAAAUCUGUCCUUGAUACCGUCAUUAUUGUCGACAAGUUCACGAAAGAAACGCUCUCGUGUGAUCCGCACCCCUUUACCGUGGGUCGAUAUUACGAUAAGAACAUAGUAACCUUAGAUAUAUCGUAUCAAUUACGAUGAACCAUAAUCAAAUAGUACUUUCGUACAAUAAUUGAAAAUUUAAAAUAAUGUAAGUAGACACCCGAACGGUGUGACGCGCACUUGAUAAGGUGAAGUAUUCGUCCUGCGAGUGCAUAAUGUGUAUCAGUGAAUACUCUACAUAAUCUACUUAAAUUCAGAAGGAAACGGUGAUUUAACAGAUUCAUGUACACUGCAAUGGUACAAUAUCCUUCAAGAUGAAACAUCCGUCCUGUAGAAAUAUUACAAAAAAAGAAAAGAAAAAUACUAGUUCCUUAACUUCUAAUCAGACAUGUUUUACUGUUUUUAGCUUAAUUUUUUACUUUGUUGCGCUUAGGCUGCAUUAAUUCUCCCUAAUUGAUUGCUACACGUGCAAAAGUCUCUGCUAGUUUUGUUAAGAGCGAAAUCCUAUCUCCCUUAUUUAAUCACUCAAUUAAUACCUGGUCCGCUUUGUGAUCAAUAGUACAUUUAUGGACAGCAGUGCACAGUUCGUUAAAGUAGAUUGAAAUUGUCCUGAAAGUGCCAUUUUAGAGUGUUAAAUAUACCACGCCUACAACCGAUUAAAAAAAAAAUAUAUCUUGCAGUGUUUCGAUACAGUUAUAUUAUUGAGUGCCUUCAGAUGAAAUAAGACAUUUACAUUUCUUAAUAAUCUAUUGUCGCACAUUCAGUGAAAUGAAGAGUACAGAGCACUUUCGUGGGCAAGUAGUGUCAUGGAAGAAAAUGUUUAAUCUAUUCAAUGAAGAGGUUUUAUGAUAAGACCAACCCCAGGAGCCAGAUUGUUUUGUUUUGUAAUAUUGGAUUGUCGGAAAAGUCAUGACGCAUUUUUCUAUGCCAUCUGUUACAAAAAGGCGUCAUAAUUUUUCCGACAACCCAAUAGAUCAGAAAACAUUUUCUGUCCAGUUUGAUGUGCAGGGCUAAGUAAACAUUGCAGAUAAUGACUGGGUCAGUGUUUCGCGUCUAUAUAUAUAUGGCGCGAAACUCUACCGAGUUUCUUAAGGUGAUAUGAAAGGGACAUUCUAUAU